AUGUCCUCUCGUGGUAGAACUCAACCAAAAGAAAAGCACAAGGUAGAGGAGCGGGAGCGAGGGUUCGAAGUUCGUUCUGCGCCAGCUCCUCUGCCUCGUUACGAUGCUCUCCGCGACACAAACUUGCGGCAAUACUUCGAAUCCAAGACAGUGCAGAAGUACUUGCAGAAGAUGGGAUGGGUAGACAAGGAGGGAAAGAUUGUCGAUCUUGACAAAUUCCGGGGAAAACUUAACAUAAUCGAACAAGAGUUCAAGUAUGCAGAGAAAACUGAGUUCUGGCGGCUGAAGGAGGAGGAGGAGAUGCGUCGAACUCACCAGGCGAGGAGGGAGCGAGCGCUAGAGGAGGCGAAGAAGUUGGAGAGAGCCAACAGAAUCCGAGAGGAGAACAGGAUACGACGAGGAAUAAUCUCCGCUGUCAAGAACCAAUCUUCGCACGAGCUCAAGAAGCUGACCCACGACAUCGGGAAGACCAAGGUUGUUGAGAGCGGCAAGGACGAGCAGGAGAAGGAGGGAAGGAGGGAGCAGGAGCAGGAGAAGGAGAAGGAGGGAUAUGACGAGGACUUCUCGCCAGAGGAAGACGUCCACGAGGACACGGAGGAGGCAGACGAGGCUGGCGGAUUCUUUGUUACUCAGCAUCCGGGUGACUGA